AUGGCGGAGUCGAAGAGAACUAGGGAGCCGAUGAGGUGUGUGAGCCACCAGCAGGCCCGGCAGCUGCUCCACAACAAGUUCAUCGUUGUGCUGGGAGACUCCAUUCAGAGAUCUGUUUACAAGGACCUUGUUCUGCUGCUACAGAAGGAUAAGUAUCUCACCUUACAACAACUCAGGAGCAAGGGUGAGAUGAGCUUUGAAAUGGACUGCCUGAUAGAAGGGGGCUGUCUAAGCCAAUUGCACAACGGAACAGGAUACAGAGAGGUCCGGCAGUUCCAGUCCGCCCACCACCUGGUCCGCUUCUACUUUGUGACGCGCAUCUUCUCUUCCUACAUGCAGAGCAUCAUAGAUGACUUCCGCAGUGGCUUGAAACCAGACAUAAUCAUUGUCAACUCCUGCGUUUGGGAUAUCUCAAGAUACAGGUCCGGUUGGAUUGAUGACUACAAAGAGAACUUGCGUAGUUUCUUUGACAAGAUGAUAGGGAUCCUGCCCAAGGAAACCUUGGUCAUGUGGAGCCUCACUAUGCCUUUAGCAGAGAAAAUCAAAGGUGGUUUCCUGGUGCCUGAGAUUGAGCACAAGGUCUCCCAUCUGCGUUAUGAUGUGAUCGAAGCUAACUUCUAUAGUGGGACCCUGGCUGACGCCUACGGGAUAGACGUGUUGGACCUACACUUCCAGUUCCGCUUUUCUCUGCAACAUCGUACGAAGGAUGGAGUCCACUGGAAUGCACUCGCCCACCGCAGGAUAACCUCCCUGCUGUUACACCACGCUGCACAGGCCUGGGGCGUCAACAUGCCCUGUGAACUGAUCCCUGUCGGACUGCGUCAAGUAGACUGUGCCCCUAACUUCUACUGCCCUCUUCCCACCAACUAUUUUUCCAACAAGGAGGGAUAUGAAAACGGCUACAGGGAGGAGUUCAGAAAUGAUUCCCUCCCUUUACACUGCUUCAACUUUGAGGACAACCACCAGCAGAAACGAACACAUCGCCACAGGCCGGCCCUCCCAUCACAGCCUUACCUCCCUGUCCACAGGCGCAUUUAUAACAACAAUGGACAGGGUGGAAAUGGUUCCAACUACAGACCUCACCCCUACCAAGUUCCCUACAAUGAGCCCCAUCAGUACGUGAUGAGGAACCGACACAUCAGACACCAUGUUGCUCCUUACGCCUACCAAAGACCAAAUCACUACGGCAAUCAUUUCAGUUACUACUGAGCUGUUUCUCAAAGUUCAAAGUGUUACAUGAAUCAUCCUGUCGGACAUAAUUCCACAAGUCUUCAAUGUUCUCUAAACCAUACAAAGGCUUUUAAGCAGGAGGAAGUGUUGAACCUCACACUGCUCAUUUCACACCUUGAUUUUAUCUAACCAGCUUUGAGUGCUCUCGUAUGUAUACAGUGUCCUUAAUCUUUUAUUAUAUUGUAAAUUAGUCCUCUUUUCGUUUGU